AUGCCCCUGUCUAGCAUUUGCCAAGACAAGGACAUGCCUCAUGUCUUCCAUUGCCUCGUGUUGUUGUUUGCCACAGACAUCCCCAUCACAGCCAUCGUCAGAGUACUGGGUGAAGAACCGCCCGCCGCCUCCUUCGAGUGCGCCGUCUGCCUGGAGGUGCUGCCCCGCCCCGUGCGGACGCCCUGCGGACACGUACUCUGUCAUUCCUGUAUUUCUGCAAGUUUAAAGUAUAACGCGUGGACGUGCCCUUACUGCCGCGCUUAUCUUCCUUCUGAAGGAAUUCCAGCCACUGAUAUUGCCAAGAAGACGGAGAGCACAUACCGAAAUUGCACAGAAUGCGAAACACAGGUAUGUCUGAGUGAAAUGAGAGGUCAUUUAAGAACUUGUGAAAAGUAUAUAGAAAAAUAUGGACCUCUACAGGAGCUUGGAGAUGCUGUAACAAGAUAUCCCUGUCCUUACUGCCAGUGCGAAGUAGAUGAGGAUGAGCUAACGGACCACUGUCUCACUUACCACAGAUCAGAAAGGAGAGCAGUGUGUUGUCCAAUUUGUUAUUUAACACCUGGGAGAGAUCCAAGCUAUGUCAGCAGAAAUUUUAUAAGGCAUCUUCAACUCAGACAUACACUCUGUUGCGAAGACUACGUAGACAUAAACAGUGUUGGAGAAGUUCUUGUUGAAAGAGUUCUGGAUGGGUCAUUCUUAGAAUAUGUGCAUGUGAGUCAUCCAAACAGCACAUAA